AUGCCCUUAACAAAGCCCACCGGCGUUACACCCUCGCUUCCUCACCCUGCUUCUGCAUCCUUCAUCCUGGUGACGUCACUGGAGCUCGACUCGCCACUCGAGCGCCACUCCGACUUCAACGACCCUCCGCCUCCCCCAGUAGACGCCUUCCCCGCUCUUCGCUCACUCACGCUCCUCUACGAGCCCUCGCACUACCGCUUCAUCGCCCGCUGCUCCUCCCUCACCUCCCUCACUCUCUGGUGCCCCAACGCCUACGCCCUCUACUCCCUCGCGUCCCCCUCCUCCCCUCUGCGCCUCUCCCUCGCCUCCCUCACCAUCCACUCUGCUCGCCUCGAAGCGGCACUCACACCCCUCGCCUCCUUCCCUUGCCUCGCUUCUCUCUCCUUCCACUCCUGCAGCAUCGAUCCCUGUGAGCUGCACGCACUCUCUCGCUCCCUCCACACGCUCACCCACCUCGCCAUCCUCAACUGCCCCUUGGUCUCCAGCCACUCCCUCGCCGCCCUCGCUCAAGCCAACCCAGCUCUCUCCUCCCUCUCCCUCCAUUCCACCUCCUACCCUCUGUUCGCUGCCCAAGGCCUUGUUACCCUGCUCCGCUCGUCCUCCUCCCGCCUCCACACCCUUACUCUCUCCGGGCUGCCCUCGUACCGCCCGGGCAUGCUUGCACGCUGCAGCAGUCUGAAGCGUGUCACGCUGAAAGGGAAGGGGGAGGCGAGGGAGAGUGUUAUGCCCUCUGAGUCGCCUCAGAAGCCGUCGUUGGAGUGCCUUGUGGCAAUGCUGGUGCGCGUUGAAGAGAGGGGAGGCGGCGGAGUAAUGGUGGGAGGGGGCGAUGGAGUGGAAAGACGCGAAGGGGAGAUGUUUGCGGGUAACGGUGAGGGAGGAGGAGCAGCAGCAGCAGCAGCGGCAGCAGCAGCAGCAGCAGACGAUGAUGACGAAGCAAUGACAGCCCAAGACGCAGCAGGCCCCCCAGCAGCUGCCACGCUGGUAGGAGCAGAAACGGGAAUGGUUGGCCAUAGGGGCCCUCGGUACCUUGAUCUCCGUGCAGAAGCAGCAGCAGCACGCGCUGACAUGGUGGCCGCAUUCGACCACUGGAGGGGCCUCAUGGACACAUGUGACUGGAGGCUCCAGAAAGUCAUCUCGCAAGUCGUGCGCGCUCGCCACAUGCGAGGCGAGUUCGCCCUUUCGAGCAUCAGGAAUGCCGUCAUUCAGGUGAGGGCGGCGAUUUCUCUCUGCCUGUGCGUGCGGUUGUCAGUGAACGAGGUGAAUGCCCGGAUUGCACGCGAGGCGGCACUGAUGGACGCCUGCACCGCUGCCCAGGCUGCAGGGCUCUUCACUGCCACUCUGGAUGGAGAACUGGAAGUGGAGGGGCAAAGGGGAGGAGGGAGGGAGGUGGAGGAGCUGGUGGGGUUCAGCCCAGAGAGCCACCUCCCGGCUGACCUGGCGGAGGUGAGUGAAACGCUGCUGGGGGAGGAGACGGUGUUGUGCCCUCCACUGGAGGCCCUCACCCUCGACAGCAUUCAGUUCGCCUCCACUAGCAACCCUUCCUGGCUGCCCUCCCCCCUCCCCUCUGCCUCACCCCUCAUGUACCCGUCGCCAGCCACACCGCCCCUCCCUUCAUCGUCUUCCUCCCCAAGUCCUGUCUCAAGCCUGAGCAGCGAGCCACAGCCCUUUGAAUCCCUCACACGAGCCGCUGUGCUUGGAAGGCUCAAGAGCUUGGCUCUCGUGAACUGCUGUGGGGUGGGGGAGGGUCAGCUGGUGAGUCUGCUGCGUGCAUGUGGCAUACUGGAGGAACUGCGGGUGGAACACAGUGAUGCGAUCUCAGACAUGGUGAUAGCUGGGAGUAAACUGGAGGUGCUGACUCGGUUGACUGUGGUGGGGUGCGGUGGUGUCACUGCAAACGGCAUUGGCGGGCUGCUGGGGAACGUGCCGAGGCUGCGGUAUUUGAAGGUGGAGGCGAGUAAGGUCUCUGAAAGGGCUCGCCGGGAGUUGCUUCGUGCAGGAGUGGUUGUGAGGGGAGUGUGA